AUGGUGUUGGCGGCCAGCUUCCGAGCCAGCUGGCAAAUGGACCGGACCAGGCACUUCUACCGGGGCGGCACCGAGCAGGAGUUCGAGCAACUCACCACGAAGAUGUCCAUGCCUUUGACGCUCUACGCGCCCAUGCGCGAUGGGGACCUCAAUGACGCCAUGGUGGGGCUCUUCAGCGACUGGCGCGACCUGAAUGUGCCCUGCAGCUCACAUGUGAGCUUGCUGGGCUUCUGCUUGGAUCUCGCCGAGCUGAUCCGGCACCGGAGGUGGACGGUCUUCAAUCCGAUCAACAACGCCCACAACAUCUUGGUGAAUAUCCUGCCGCUCGACGAGCAGGCGCGUGGCGAGCAGCAGUUUAUUCAGACACGGAAGCAUGAGUACGGCGGCCGGAGGGGCUCGGCACCCGAUCGCCGCAGGGCCUACAAGGCACCCCACCGGCCCAUGCGCAUCACGCUCGAGCAGGAGGCUCCAGAUGCUUGGUGGAUCUCCUUGGACCUCAAUGCGGAUUGCUAUCCCACGGAGUGGUGCCGUGGCUUCGUCUCCUCGCUCGCCGACACCAUCCAGGAUCUCAAGUCCCGUCCGAUGCUGGCCGUCUUGCACGCCGAUUGGUCACAUAGUCUCAAGUCAGGCCCCGGCUCGGAGCCACCGUGA